UUAUUUAUGCUGCAUUCACAGCUACCACUUCACACUCAGCUAGUCAAGAUUACCUGGCACACUCAGAAAUGUACCACCAACAUGUCAGUAAUAAAAACAGCCUCUAGGAACUAAGAUCUCGACUUAGGCACCUCCCACUUCUAACUAGACACUCCAAUGGAAACUAUUAGCAAUAUCUUUCACAAUGACCCACUCCCACCUCUAGGAGCAAGAGCAAACCAAUCUAUCAAGCUGAGAAAAUUCAUUAUUUCUCCAUAUGAUUCCCGUUACAGGACCUGGGAGACGUUCUUGCUCGUGCUUGUUGUUUAUUCAGCUUGGAUCUGCCCAUUUGAACUAGCAUAUCUGAGAAAUCUCUCCUGGAAGGUUUCUCUUGUUGACAAUAUUAUUGACAGCUUCUUUGCAAUCGAUAUUAUUCUCACAUUUUUUCUAGCGUAUCUGGAUCAAAAGUCAUAUCUUCUAGUGGAUGAUCCAAAAAGGAUCGUGGCUAGAUAUUUCUCUUCCUGGUUCCUUUUUGAUGUCUGUUCAACGAUUCCAUAUCAACUGCUUGGGCAAAUCUUCAAAAAGCAUGAAAAUGGCCUUGCUUAUAGGUUACUUAGCAUGCUUCGAUUAUGGCGUCUCCGGCGCCUCAGUGAAUUAUUUGCCAGGCUCGAAAAGGAUAUCCGAUUGAAUUACUACUGGAUAAGGUGCACCAAACUAAUUUCUGUUACACUUUUUGCGGUACAUUGUUCAGGAUGCUUCAAUUAUUUAAUAGCUGAUAGAUACCCCAAUCCAGCAAGAACAUGGAUAGGAGCAGCAAUACCAAACUACAGAUCACAAAAUCUGUGGGUUCGAUAUGUUACGGCAAUUUAUUGGUCCAUAACAACACUCACAACAACUGGUUAUGGGGAUUUGCAUGCAGAGAAUCAAAGAGAAAUGUUAUUUAGCAUAUGCUACAUGCUAUUUAACCUGGGAUUGACAGCAUACCUCAUAGGUAACAUGACAAAUCUGGUUGUUCAGGGAAGUUGCCGGACCAGGAAUUUUAGGGACACAAUCCAUGCUGCCUCUCAGUUUGCUGCAAGAAAUCAGUUGCCUGGACAUAUUAAGGACGAAAUGCUAUCUCAUAUCUGCCUAAGAUAUAAAACAGAGGGGCUGAAACAGAAAGAAACAUUGGAUAGUCUCCCCAAGGGAAUCCGUUCAAGCAUAGCGUGCAACUUAUUCUUACCUGUUAUAGAAAAAGUCUAUCUUUUCCAUGGUGUCUCAUUUACUUGCAUGAUCCAACUGGUAACUGAAAUGGAAGCAGAGUACUACCCACCAAGAGAAGUUGUCAUACUCCAAAAUGAAGCACCCCGAGAUGUUUACAUAUUAGUUUCGGGAGCAGUGGAAGAGCGGGUAGAGAUCGAUGGAACAGAAAAGGUCCAGGAAGUACUGUGCAAUGGUGAAAUAUUUGGAGAAAUAGGAGUUAUCUGCAGCAUCCCCCAGCCAUGUGCUUUCCAUACAAUCAAAGUUUCACAACUAUUAAGGCUGAACACAGCAGUGCUAAAGAACAUUAUCAAGGAAAACAGCGAUGACAGACGAGUUAUUCUGAACAAUCUUUCCCAGAAGAUGAACCAAGAUCACAGGUUCUCUACCGAGGUGAUGGAAAAAUCUUUACAGAUGAUGCAUCAACACUUUGGAGAGUACAACAGAUGUUCUGCAUUGAAUCAAGACAAUGAGAAGAAUGAAUUAAAAGCUAAUAAUGGUCAUUCUAUGGCUUUAGAAUGGAAAAGAGUGACAAUACAUAUGUAUUCACAGAGGAACAAAAGACCGGAGGCACCGCUUGCAAAAGUUAUAAAUCUACCAGGAUCUCUUGAUAAACUUUUCGCCAUAGCUUGUCAGAAGUUUAACAAUUAUCGUCUUACAAAACUUGUCAAUCCAGAAUUUGCUGAAAUUGAUGAUAUUACAGUAAUUCGAGAUGGUGAUCAUCUGUUUUUUAUGGAAAUUUGAAUAAGGAUGCUUGAAAUCAGCAACGAUGCAAAGAACUGCAGAUAGGUAUGUAGUAUACCUUUCAGAAGGUACCAGAUUAAGAUAAUAGUGAUCACUAAUCAGGCAUGAGGCGACUUGGCAUGAUAAUCAAGAACAUGCCACCUAGGGAUGUUUCGAGUUGCAGUCCUGUAGUUACAUCUAAUUUUACUUUAGAAUGUAAAUGUAGAAUUUUGGAGCAAUGUAGUCUCUAUUCCGCUUUCAAAAUGUUGGAUCAUGGCAGAGGGCAGCCCUCUAUGAUCUGUGGAGUUUGUAAUGUAGCUAUAGUGCAACGAAAGAUACUAAUAUCGUUUACAGGUACUUUAUAGUGUUUCUCCAAGUUUUUUUUGAAAUAAAUGAUGAAACAGACAUGCA